ACAUCACUACAGGACCGCAGGUUGUUCCCAUGGCCUCGCGCUACAUGCAAAAAGCGUCCAGCCGCCAGCGAGGAAGUCCCUCCUCAUCUAAUACUUGAUUGGUGAGGUAGUAAACACUGUGAAUUGUACCGGCAUUGGAUUAGUUUAGUGAUUUGUCAAUCAUGCAACAGGUCCAGAGUUUGUAGUUAUGCGUCAGGUGAAAAUCAUUGUAUUUUGAGAGGGAAAAAAGUCAAUUAACACUAGUAGCCUAACCUAAGCCUUAGAUAGAACUUAAGCCUACUUGAUAUUGUCUACUGUAACAACGUUACUGACUUUUACAACGCAGCGAAGCCGCAACGAUGAAGAGUUUAAAGUACCGCCUGAAAAAGCACGAAGUUACCAUCACUAACACAGAUUGGAACAAGUAUGACGAUCGGCUGAUGAAGGCUGUGGAACGCGGCGAGGUGGACAAGGUGGCCGCAGUGCUGAACAAGAAGGGCAUCAUCCCCACCAAGCUGGACGUGGAGGGGAGAUCUGCUGUUUCCCUGUCCCAGAAUAGGAGAGGCAGACUUUAGAUGGCUGAUUGUGUCAGUGGGAGUGUUGGAUGAGCUCUGUGUGUGUCAGGCCCUCUGAUGAGCUCCCAUUUAAAUCAAAUCAGUCUCAUGCCGUGCGGCUCUUCUGUCUUGCAGUACAAUUGUCCUGUGGGAAACGUGGACCUGCAGGGAAGAUCUGCACUACAUGAUGCCGUGAUGGCGGGCUGUGCCUCCAGUGUUAAAUUGCUCUGUGAUAGUGGGGCUUCGGUGAACACCAGUGAUUUUGAUGGGAGGACUCCUCUGGUGCUGGCCACUCAGAUGUGCCACCCACGGAUCUGCCAGCUGCUGCUGGAGCGCGGGGCAGACAUCACCGUCCGUGAUAAACAGAACAAGACGGCUCUGAUCCUGGGCUGUGAGUACGCCUGUAGAGACGCGGUGGAGGUCCUGCUAAGAAGCGGAGCGGACGUCACCGCCACUGACGGCUCCGGCCACGACAGCUACCACUACGCCCGCCUCAGCAAGAACCAGGAACUGGUGGCACUGGUCAAGAGCUACUUGGACAGCACCAACAAAGCUAAAGAGGCUGCAAGGAUGGAGCAGAAGAAAAGACAGCAGUUGAGUGUAGAGCCUGCUUCAAAUACAAACAAGGAUCAGAUGAUACAUGACCUGGAGAGGCAGAAUGAGAGCCAGCAGGAGUCACUGAGGAAGUUCCAUCAGGAGCAGAGAGCCCUCACGGACCAGGUCAACAUGCUGCAGCAGCAGCUCAGCCAGGAGAAGUCCGCAAUGGAGGACAUCCACAUGGAGAGGGAACAGCUCAGACAUCUGCUCACGGCCAGAGGAGAGGAUGGGGCUCGCGCUGUGGAAACAGUCAAGGUGCAGAUGAAGUCUCAUCUGGGGGAUUAUUCCGGCCAAUCUGUUAUCAAAGGAAAAGAAAACAUUCUGGUGAGGCAGUCCCACAGCCUGGAUUCCGCUCAGGUCCUGCAGUCGUCGGUGUCGCGACCCCUGGAGCUGACAAGGACGCCAUCGCUGGUGGCGUCGGGCGGCGAGGCGGAGAGCCUGCGGCGGGAGCUGGACGCUCUGCGGAAGAAGCAGGAGGCGUUGGAGGAGGAGACGGCCCAGCUGCAGGCGGCACUGAGCCGUAAGGUCCAGGAGUGCGAGGAGCUGGCGCAGAGUCGCGACGCCACCAAGCGCGACGCUGACCUGCAGGUGCGGCAGCUGGAGGAGGCGCUGGGCGACGUGCAGAAGAGGAUGCUCGACUCCGAGGCCAAGGUCAAGCAGCUGCAGGCCCACGUGGUGGCGGUCAAGGAGCACCUGAGCAACCAGCUGGUGGAGGAUCUGAAGACGCAGCUCGGCGACGUCAAGGCCAAGUACGAGGGCGCGUCGGCGGAGGUGGGCCGCGUGCGCAACCACCUGAAGCUGAGCGAGAAGGCGCUGGAGGAGUACAAGAAGAGCGAGGGCCAGCUGGCCGUGGAGGCCGAGCGGCUCACCCAGGAGCUCAACGUCCUGAAGGACGAGCGCGAGGACAUGGCCGAGACCCUGAUGGACAUGGAGGCGCACGUCAAGGAGGUGGAGAUCCGUCUGUCCGCCAUGGUGCCCUCCGAGAAGUUCGACAACAUGAAGAACCUGCUGACCAACGCCGUGGACGAGAAGGAGAAGCAGAUAGCCGAGCUGAGGGAGGACUACGACCGCGUCUUGGAGGAGGUGGCCGAGCUCCACAGGGAGAUGGACAACCGCAACGGCCCGGCGGCCAUGACCGUCCCCCUGCAGGAGCACGAGCGCGUGAGGGCGGCCCUGGAGGAGCACAGCGCGUCUCUCAAGAGGAAGCUGUCGGACAUCACCGCCAAGAGCCAGGCGCUGAUCCAGGAGGUCGAGGAGAGUGAGGAGGAGCGGGAAGUCCUCCGGGAGCAGCUGGAGGACCUCCGGGACCAGAUCCAGAGCGAGUUUGUGCCCCUACAGUCCCACGAGGACGUGAAGAGGUCACUGGGCCGCGCGCUGGACGACCUGAAGGACAAGCUGGCCGAGGCGGCCGAGAAGAAGCAGCUGGCCGAGGAGGAGCUGCGCAGGCUUAAGGACGAGAAGGCCUCGCUGUGCGAGAACGAUCACCCUUGCGAGCAGCCAUCUAGUUCAGGCAGGCUCCAGGCGGGUGGUGGCCAGCUGGAGCAACGCCAAGAACUGGAGCUGGAGCAGGAGCUGGACGCCAUGCAGCGGGGGAGCAACGAGUGGGAGAGGCAGCUGAGGGAGGCGUUGGCCGAAAAGGAGGCCCUGGAGCAGAGUCUGCGGGGACGGGUGGUGUCCAGGGAGGACCACGAGGGAAUGAGGGCGGAGCUGACCGCCGCCUUGGAGGAGUCCAAGAAUCAAAUCUCCACGUUGGAGAAGAACGGGGAGGCGAGGGAGGAAGAGUUGCAGAAGGUGAAAGAAGAAAGUGCCAUGUUGAAAGAGGAGCUUGAGAAAGUUCAGACGGUGUUCGAAAAUGACUAUAUCAGCCUUAGUGACCACCAAACGGUCACAAGCACGCUGAGCAGUGCCUUAGCUGAAGCUGAGGAGAGGGUCAAGGAAGCGCUCUCCAGGCAUCAGUCGGCUCAGGACGACACCGUGAAGCUGCACGAGGAGAUCGAAGCGCAGAAGAGAGAGCUGGAUACGAUACAGGAGGCUAUUCACGUGAAGUUUGUGCCACUGUCUGUCGUGCAGGAGAAAGAGAGCGGCUUUGAGGCCGCGCUGAAGGACUUGAACGAGCAAUUGAGCGAGAUGCAGGAGAAGUACGACCAGGAGAAGACGGAGAGCGAACGUCGGAAGUCUGAGACUGAGCGUCUGGAGGCAGAGCUGCAGGAGGCUCUGCAGAAGCUGGAGGCCGACCUGGAGUCCGGCGAGAGGCAGCUAGAGGCCGAGGCCGAGCAGAAGGGUCAGUCGGAGGAGCUGAGCCUCAAGCUGGUGGACCUGGAGCAGCAGUACAAGGAGGUGACGGUGCAGCGCGCCGAGCUGGAGGAGCAGAACGCGCUGUGCGCCGCCGAGAUCCAGGCGCUGCAGCGACGCCUGGAGGGGGAGUACGUGCGGCUGGAGCGCUUGGAGGCCACGCAGCAGGCGCUGACCGACAGCCUGCAGCAGGCCCAGGAGCAAUGCCAGCAGGCUAGGGCGUCCAGCGCACGAGGCCGAGCCGCCGCCAGCCUCGAGCAGGAGCUGCAGGCCCAAAUGCCGGGCCGGCAGGCGCGGCGCCGCAGGGCGCCGGACAGGAGGGUGGCCACGCAGCGGCUAGGCGCCCUGCCGAGGAGGGAGGGCAGGCCCAUGGGAGGAGGACGGGCGGCGCCUGCAGAGCGAAGCUGAGCCCACCCAGGCCCUGGAGGAGCGCUUGUGGGCAUGAAAGGAAGGCGAGGUGGCCGAAGCAAGCAGCAGCCGGACAAGCAGCGGCUGGAGGAGGAGGUGCAGGAGCUCGGCGAGAGGCUGUCGGGGCUGGCCGAGCAGUACGAGGAGCUGUACCGGGAGACGGCCCUGCGCCGCGACGCCGAGACGCAGGCGCGCGCCGAGGCCGACUCCCUGCAGGCCAAGAGCACCACCAUCGAGGGCGAGAUCCGCGAGCUGAAGGAGCGCUACGACGGCUCUCUGCACACCAUCGGCGAGCUGCAGAAGAGGAUCCAGAUGUCCUCCGAGCAGACCGAGGCCAAGGACAAGCGGAUCACAGAGCUCCUGGCAGACGUGGAGAGGCUGAAGCAGGCGCUGAACGGUCUGUCCCAGCUGGCCUACUCUGGCAGCGCGCCCAACAAGAGGCAGGCGCAGCACAUUGAUGCUCUCCAGGCCCAGGUUAAAAGCCUGCAGCAGCAGCUGGCUGAUGCUGAAAGGCAGCACAGGGAAGUGGUCUCCAUUUACCGAACUCAUCUCCUCAGUGCUGCUCAGGGGCACAUGGAUGAAGACGUCCAGGCGGCUCUACUGCAGAUCAUCCGUAUGCGGCAGGAGUUUGUGUGCUAGAGGGAGCGCGGUGGGAGCACCAGCAUUCACCCAGCAUCCCACAAUGCACUGCACAGCCACAUGUGGGCCCACCCAACGUAGCAACCCACGUAGAUCCACGUUGGCGUCAAGCGUCAUAUGCCUGUCCAGGGUCUAUAGAUAGC